AACCGUGUAAGCCAAUGACGCCCGUCUGGGGGCGGGCCUUUGUGAAGGAUUCGUUUCCGGGGCACGUGAGAGUCAAACGCACGUGCGGAUGUUUUGCGGAGCGGCUCGUGUCGUGUGCGCGCAGUAAGAUCUUCACAAUCUGUGCUGUUUCCUUCUCGUUCCGUCUUUCAGCGCGUUUUUACUGCCUUCGAAGAGCCUGCCGUUUCUGCAGCUGUCGUCUAAGAUCUCAGGCCCGAUGGAGGACACCGAGGCUCUGACCGGCGAGAAACGCUCCUGCCCCGAAGAGCAUCCGGGUCACGCCGCCAAGAGACUCCGAGUGGAGGAGGAGGAGGAGAGCCGAGGAGGAGAUGAGGAAGAGCAGCCGUGUGAGGAGGAGGAGGAGGAGGAGGAGGAGGAGGAGAGCUUCGCUGACAUGAUGAAGCACGGACUCAGUGAGGCAGAUGUGGGCAUUCUCAAGUUCAUCAGCGAGCACCGAGGCUUCUCCGGCAUCCUGAAGGAGAGGUACUCAGACUUCGUGGUGCAUGAGAUCAAUAAGGAGGGCAGCACGGUGCGUCUGGAUGAUCUGUGUGUUCCUGCUGAUGUCGAGGAGGAGGCUCCGGAGUGCAGCUCGGUCGACUCUCAGACUCUCACAGAAGAGCAGAAGCAGCGUCUGGAGGAGCUGCAGCUCUUCAAGAACAAGGAGGCCAGCGUGGACAUCGAGGUGCAGGAGGAUUCGAAGGAGAAGCGCACUCUUCUGCACAGAGCGGUGAAGACGCUGUAUCCCGGCCUGGAGACCAAGACCGAGGACAGAGACGGGAAGAAGUUCAUCGUGGCGUAUCACGCUGCUGGGAAGAAAGCGCUGGCAGCCCCUCGAAAGCAUUCAUGGCCAAAGAACCGCGGGAGUUUCUGUCAUUUUGUGCUCUAUAAGGAGAACAAGGACACCAUGGACGCCAUCAACCUCCUGUCCAAGUUCCUCAGGGUCAGACCCAACAUGUUCUCCUACAUGGGCACCAAAGACAAGAGGGCCAUCACGGUGCAGGAGAUCGCAGUGCUGAAGAUCAGCGCUGAGAGAUUGUCUCACCUCAACAAGUGCCUCAUGAACCUGAAGCUGGGAAACUUCAGCUAUAAGAAGCAUCCAUUAAAACUGGGAGAGCUGCAGGGAAACCACUUCACGGUGGUCCUCAGGAAUAUCUCCGGCUCUCUGGAGCAGGUGGAGCAGGCCAUGACUUCACUCAGAGAAACCGGCUUCAUCAACUACUACGGCAUGCAGCGCUUCGGCACCACAGCCGUUCCCACGCACAGAGUCGGCAGAGCGAUUCUGCAGAACAACUGGAAGGAAGUCGUGGAUCUCAUCCUGAAACCUCGUCCUGGAGCGGAGAAGGGCUAUCUGGUGAAGUGCAGAGAGGAGUGGGCGCGCUCUCAGGACCCCGAGGCAGCGCUGAAGAAGCUGCCGGUCAAACGCUGCGUGGAGGGUCAGUUACUGCGAGGCCUGGCCAAGUACGGCAAAAACAACAUCAUCACAGCCUUCGGACUGAUCCCUCGUAACAACAGGCUGAUGUACAUCCACAGCUAUCAGAGCUACGUCUGGAACUGUAUGGUCAGCAAACGCAUGGAGGCCUUCGGACUCAGAGCCGUGGAGGGAGAUCUGGUUCUCAGAGGGAGCUCGGCUCAUGUUCUGUCCGCUGAUGAGGCAGAGAAACACUCCGUUCAUGACGUGGUGAUGCCGCUGCCGGGGUUUGACGUCAUUUAUCCCACUCACAGUGUGGGUCGAGGCUACAGAGACAUGCUGAGCGUCGAUGACCUGGACAUUGAUAACAUGAGGCACAAGGUUCGGGAUUAUUCUCUGGCCGGCGCUUACAGGAGGAUCCUCAUCCGCCCCAGAGACGUCAGCUGGGAGCUGAUCCAGUACGAUGAUCCACGAGUGCCUCUUGUUCUCACAGAUGUGGAGAAACUAGAAGACGCUCCGGCUCCGGUCUACCUCAAAGAGGGGAAGUUUCGGGCCCUGAAGAUGGAGUUUUCUCUGCCGUCCUCCACCUACGCCACGAUGGCGGUCAGAGAAGUGCUAAAGAUGGACACCAGCAUCAAGAAUCAGACCCAGCUCAACAGCAGCUGGCUAAACUGACCGUCACAAACACGCUCUGGAUCUUCCACCAGCUGUAUCUGCUCACAUUAUAUCACUGAUAAAGACUUGACUGACUGAUGUUUGUCAUUUUGACACCGUGAAGAAGCUACAGCACAGAUUUCAGUUUAUUCAGUUUUAGUGUUUGUUUUUUAAUGAGUAUUUUUUAGAGCUCUGCCAGAGUAUAAAGACCGUUCUUACACAUAUUUCCAGAGCUUUAGCAGAAACUGAACAUCGAGCAGUAAAUGAACAUAUUCUGGUUCUUAUAAGAUUGAUUUGAUUCCUGCUGAAUAUUCAAUUAGUCAGUGUAAAUAAUUUGAAUCUGAAUAAAUGAAUCUGCCUGAUUCUUUUAUGUA